UCGCGAAUAGUAUCGGGUUCGAGAUGCUCGAAGGCGUUAUCGCGAUAAGCGCGAUCUACGAAAUAUCGUAGCUCUUGCGGAUCAGCUGAGUCCGCGAUCCGAGAUCUCUCCUCCUUUUGUAUCUCUUAUGUUUCUCGGAAUUUCGUUAACGUUUUCACGCAGUCAUGUCUACAAUUGAAUUGGAGAAUGUUUUGCGACAGAUGUUUAUGGAAUGCGACGCAUCCAUGUCAGUUUCGACGCCGGAUUCGACGAUAUCUAUAGGUGACGAGGUGCCGGUCUUCAAGAUCGUCCAAUACGUUCAGGAUCAAUUGCCGACUUGGUCAACCGACGACCUGGCGGAAUUUUGGAAAUGUUUGGCCGCUGUUUCAUCGAACGAUCGUGUAAACAUGUGGCAAUUCAAGGAGGCGACUAAGUGUUGGAUCACCAAAAUGCAACAGAUACAAUCUUCGCAGGAUGACAAUAACAACGCGCGGGAAAAACUUUACCUCGUGAGCGACACAGAUUUGUCGAUGAAAGACAUGGACAUAAAUAGAGACAUCGUGGAAUUCGAACUUCGCGCAAAACUUCGGGAACUUCACGAGGAGAACAUCUUCCUUCGCGAGGAGCUCGAACGGCAUGAGACAUCAAUCGACAAUUUCAGACAGCAAUGUAACAUUGCUGAGAGGCAGCUAGAUCGUUACGCUCAGAAAUGUCAACAACUCGAAAAGGAGAACGACGAGCAGAGAGACCAAUUAAACGAGGCAAUUAAGAAUGGAAAGGCUACGGCCUUGACUUUGCAUAGAUAUACGAAAGAGCAUCAAAAUUUGUCGAGGCAAUUGGAAGCUGCAGAGAUUGAGAUACAAGUUAUACCAUCUUUAAAAUGUAAAGUGGAAAAAAUUAUCAAAGAGAAAAUGGAUUGUAUGAAACAAAUUGCCAGAUUGCAAGAGAAAUUUGAUGAAACGGAAAACGAGUGUAAACAAUUAAAAGUCACGAUAGCUGAACUGGAGGAAAUAAAUAUUAAAAUGAGGGAGACGUAUGAUCAAACGAUUCAUAAUUUGCGUGAAAGGAAUUGUCAACUUACAGAGGAGAACACGGAACUGCAAUCGUUGUCGAUUUUAAAUAGAUAUUCUCCUGGAGAAAGACUUUCGAUAUCGUCAAUACCCGACAUAGACGGAUGCUGCACGCAUAGCACACCUUAUAAAUCAAGGAAAAUAUUGCUGCAAGAUUCAUUAUAUGCUGAACUAAAAGCUUCAGGUUUUGUAGCCGAAUGCAGCAGAUAUGACUUAUAUAGACAAGAACUGGAUGAAUAUGACGCUGCGAUUUCGACGAUAUUGGAACAACUGGAAAAAGUUGUACAGAUUUUCGGUAAAACGCGGAGCUCCAUCGACGACAUACCUCAGUUUAGCUCGCAAGACAUGGACGCAGGGACUUGUAAUAUAGAGACAUUGAAACACAAAGUGACUCUUCUACUGAAUAUGGCCACCGAAGAGAUCACGAAGAAGAGCACCAAGGAUUCGAGCACGCAGCUUCGAACUGAUCUGACGAAUGAACCGAACGACGAUUUGAAUCAAUUUGGCAUCAUGGGUUUCCGGGAUCUGCUGCUGACACGCGCCCAGACGUAUACAAAAACGGAGACAGAUCUACGCUCAAUAACUUUGUGUAACUGCCUGAACAAUAACAAAGAUGACCACGAUGACUCAUUCUCGAGAAUUAUAAAAACGAACAACACGGGCACCCAAAAUCGAUUGCGCAUCAUUGAACCCAUCAUCGAAGAAUUACACGACAUCAUCGAGAGUACUCAUAACGUUUUUGUCAGUCACAGAAAUCAUUCAUCAUCCGGGAAUUCAAGAUAUCGAUCGGUACACACAUUGCGGUCGCAGUCUCUGCAACCACCUUCACCGACCGUAGAAGACUCGAGGCGGCAGACAUCUAGCUGUCAGAGUUCAAGAACAGAUUCUCCCGAUGCUUGCUUCGCGCAAGGAGACUUUUGUUUAACGCGGGAAAACUGCAACGAAAAAUUGUUCGCUAUGGAACCGCACGGCGUAUCCGACAAAGAAAAUCUGACCCCGAAAAGAUCGAGUAAAAUGCCGAAAAUAUUGAGCGUCCUGCAAAUGGAUUCAACAGCGUUAGCAGCCACGUCGGAGGAAGAAAAGACGAAUGCCAAUAUUGUUCAAGAAAUAAUCGGCACGAGCAACCCGACAAGUCCCCGUAGAAAAAUUUCGGUCUAUUGUCGAUCCUUCGACGUGGUAACAGUGCAGGAUUCGUGUGAGGAUCGUCAAAGAUCCGGUUUGGAAAUCAGACGAUCUUCGAGUAAUCCGGACGAUUCUUCCGCACGAAUCGACGAGAGGUUCGAUCCAGAGAUUGUUGCGGAGAAUCUAAAUAGCACGCCUAAGUAUCCGUUCAAUUACAACUAUCGCAACACGAAGAACGACAGCGAUUCUUCGAACGACUCGUCGCCGCAAAAACAAUUCCGGGACAAUCUAUUGGAAGAUGAAUUGCCGAUUGAACAGCCGGUACUUAGAAAAGUCUAUUUAGCGCCCACGCGCCUGAGAUUUUCGCAGGAAAUUAAGAAGAAAUUAAACGAAACCGCUUGCUCCCCCUCCGACUCCAUUGAACCGAAUAUUUCGAACUCUCUUCUGUUUCCCAUCGUUGACAAUGGACGCGAGGAAGACGACGACGCUUUGCGCUCGUCUGCAACGUUCAUUAUAGACAAGUGCGAAACGGAAAUAGAGGAUGGGGGUACAUCGAAACCGUAUUCGGCGAACGAGAAUUUUCUUCGGGAAUGUUCUACAUCAGCUCGUCGCUUGCUUCCGUGUAAUCAUUCCGAUUCAAGGAAGAUUACAGAUUCAGGGAAUCCCCACUCUCAGGCGAGCGUGCAAAGAGUCGAGAGUGAGCCGCGAGUCGAGCGGUCAGUCGAUGGCCAAAUGUCGAGUCGCGAGGACAGUUCGGAUAGCGAGUGCGAGCCGGCGGCGGAAUCCAGUGAUCAAUGCACCGGCGAGAAAGUCGAUGGAGCCGCAUUGUCCACAUCAUUGAACAGUCUGGCUUCCGCGAAGAUAGUGCCGUGUAAGAGCGUGGCUAAAAAAAAUACGAAAACAUGCAACAGGGACCUGUUGAACGUGAAGCAAGGGAAACGACAGCGACUUUUAUUUGCCAGAAGAUCAUUCUCGGAGAGUGAAAGUAGCGCUCGAUCGAGGUGCCGUUGCAGGUACCAGGAAAGCGCGCCUUUGAUUCUGGAAGGAGAUCAAUGCAAAGUCUUUCCGAGUCUCACGGACAUUCGUCUGCAAGAAUCCGGAAUAGCCAAUUUAUCGGACACAAACAGCAGGGAGAAUCUAAGCGAGCUCGAACUACAGAAGAGGUAUAUAGUGUUCUCGCUAUGCCUCUGCACAGAUAGGGUGACUCUAUCGCGAAGGGUAGCAAUGUCGCUUCGGCAACGCGAUCAAUCGGAGAGAAAUUUCUCCUGCGAGGUGCAGAAGAUGCAGCAAGACAUCCAGGAUCUUGCGCCACUAUGCACGGAUAGGGAAUCUGUGGAGCGGGUAGAGCGGGUCAGACAUCAGUUGGACAUGAUUGUGCGAUGUACGCACAGGGUGUCCUGCGCAGCCGAGACUCUAGGCGCCGUUUACCAGGAGCAUAGGGUUUCUCAGGCCGUUCAGCUGGCCGACAGAUAUCUCCGGUUGCUGCAGUCCCGAUGCGAAAAGCUGAUUGCUGAUGUCGCUGAGACUAAACGGAUCCUGAUAGAGAACAACAUAGUGAUAGAGGAGAACUCCAGCGAACUCUGCGACGAUCUGCCCCGGAUUAGAUACAGGAGCGGUACACCCGCCAAUAAUCGUAUGAUGAUGGCUAGGAGAAGAGCUAGCGUAGCCACAAUGUCUCGACCGAUUGGCAGCACACAGGACGUGACAAAGGAUACCAUAAGGCAGCGAAAUUCAGUUUCCGGACGUAUGACUCUCAGGAGACCAUCUUUCAACUCUGAAUCCCCAAAAUGGGAAAUCGAGAAACUGGAUCGUACCGACAGUUCCAACAGCAUGAGCGAAUUACGUGGUAUCUUCGAGCAGACCGAAUCCCGUCGUAGUUCAAGGGAGGAAAAUAAUAAUAAAUUACGACUAAGACACUCCAAUAGCCAAAAUAUAAUGAACUGCACGGUCGGCGAUAGCGAGAUUUGGACAAGUACGAAGCAGCAAACUUUUGAAUUCUUUGCUGACGACGAAGACGUUAAUCUAGAUGCUGAAUCAUGCACAAGAUCGUCGCAAUAUUUCCUAAGAAGUAUACCAUGGCGUACGAUGUUAUGGAGUAUUAUUAUCUUCUUUCUCGGCUUUUUCAUGAAUCAAGUAAUGGUGAAUGCUUGCAACGGUCCGUUACAUGGAUGGUCGAUCGAGCAUAUUCUUAGCAGACAUAUUUAUAAGAUAACAAACGCGGCGCCUCAUCCGAUGUAAAUUUCGCGAUGUCUGCGCGAUGUAUGGUCUGUGUAUCGGUAAAAUAAGACUAAGUAUACACUGUAACAUAUGUCAAUGAUAAAAAGGCUGAAUAAAUUAAUAAAUGUAAAA